AGAUAAAAUGGAAGAAGAUGAUUAUCAGAUAGGAGAAAUGCAAAAUUGCAGUUAUUAUGGAACAGACGAUGUGAUAGGAAAAGUGUUCUUAAUUGGAAUAUUUGCGACGUUAAUUGCAGUCACAUCCAUAAUCUUCAACACAUUCUACACGAUCGUGUUUAUUCGAAAUCCAUCCUUAAGACGUAGCGGCCUCUUCUACUUUGGCGUCAUCGCCGUCAUUGACAUCAUCAUGGGCAUCAAUUAUAUUGCUGUUAUGGUUGUUCCAGUGUACAUGGACUAUUACUUGUAUCUACCAUUAUGGCACAUUUUUCUGUCCUAUUUCCGAAUUGUGAUGGCCGAGUCGAAUAUGGCCAUGUUUGCAUCGAUGCUCAUGAUCGUGUUGGCAACAACUGAACGGUUCUUGAAAACUUUUGAUGGAAAGGCGAUAUCUGUAUGUCGAAAGUUUCUGGAAAGGAAUCGGUAUGGUGUCAGUGCAUUUUGCAUUUUCUUGGCGUGUGCCUACAAAUAUGUCAUAUAUUACGAGUUGGAUGUAGAUCAUCAUCCACAUUGCACUGAUUUUAUGGAGUACGAGAUCAUCGCAGGACCAUAUGCAAUGGAUCCGAACUAUCGGUUCUAUUUUAUGUUCUUAUUGAGAAACACUUUGGAUAGGAUCCUUCCGUUCCUUGUACUUCUAACUAUGAACAUUAUGAUCGUGAAAGCAGUGAAAGAAGAUGAGAGGCAGAAAUUGCAAAAAGAAUCGGUUGUCAGCAAUGGGAAGUCGGUGAAUGUGAAAUCGCAUCGAAGAAAUGUGAAGGAUGCGACAAGGGCAUUAAUCAGUCUCGUCUCCAUUUAUCUUUUGUCGCAAUCUCUUCAGGUUUUUCUAACAGUAUGGGAGACCAUCAAUCGUUCGAGCCUCGAGGAUGGAUUUCCAACUAUGUACUCUUAUCUAAAUGAUAUAGUUUCAAUCUUUACCCUUUUGGCAAGUUGUCUUCGCUUCCCGAUAUAUUUCUGCUGCAAUCGGCUAAUCCACACGGCUUCCGUUGAUACUCUCCAUGGAAUGCGAAUCACUUGUUUAAUGGGCAAUUCGAAAAAGCCACAGGAAUACUCUCCGAUCCAUGGUAUUCCGAAUUCUUUGGAGUGUGGUGGUGCUGGUGACGGUGGAUCGAAGAUGUCGUUAAGUUCUCCAGAAAGUAUCUCGAAGCCAUCGGCAGUUUAUGAUGAAAAACUUCAAGAGUGGCGGUUGUAAACGGGUUCAUGAAUUGUCUCAUUUGAUUACCUAUUUGUUUUUAAUUUGCUCCAAUUUUUCUUAUUUUUAAAAAGUGUUUCAUAUAAAUUUUAGAUUUGAUAUAAAUUUU